AUGUUCACCUUAAUGGGAGGGGGACUCUUGUGUGCAGUCUCCGGCCUGGUCCUCCUCAUCGUUGCCACAGCGACGGACUUCUGGAUGCAGUACCGCUACUCGGGCAACCUGAGCAACCAAGGGCUCUGGCGGUUUUGCGUGGGAAGCAAAUGCCACCCCCAUACCAUCACCCUCGCCUUCUGGGACGCCACUCGGGCCUUCAUGCUGCUCUCCAUUCUCUCCUCCUUGGCUGGGAUCGUCAUGGGGCUGACUGCCUACUCCAACAGCAGCGCCCGCUCCACCCGCACGCGCUCUGCGGGCAUCACACUCCUGGUCGCAGGUCUCUUUGCCUUGCUGGGCAUAGCGGUGUACACAGGAGUGACGGUGAACUUCUACGGAAAGCGCUACGCCGAGUGGCGUUUCUCCUGGUCCUACAUUCUGGGCUGGAUCGCAGUCAUUCUCACCAUCUCUGCAGGUGUGUUCCACAUCUGCGCCGUCCCCAGGAAUUCAUCCCCCGAUGGAUCAAACGUGGCAAGCGGUUGA